AUGACUUUAGUCGAGGAUUUCGCUAAAGGAGUCCAUGAAAGUGUUGCAUUACAUAAAUAUUAAGAUUUAGGAGUAAAAUAUGUAAAUGAAAAAAUUUUGAAUGUUAUAUAUGUAAAUCUCUUCCGAAAAUUUAUAUGUUAUAUACUUGUAAAUCCACCAAAAUAAUAAAUGAAUAAUCAUGCAAAUGCGUCCUAAAACUGCUUGUUACUUCCACAUCAUCUAUGCCACGUUGGAAACCUCCCAUCCACGUCAUCCUUCCUCAAAUAGAUAUUAGACACGUCAUCAAAUGCUCAAUAUGCAUAAACUACUAUAACACAAGCCAUUCGAGCCUAUAAAGCAACGGAAUAGAAGGCCAAGUUAUCACACAGAGGGAAAGCAAGCAAGGCAAAAGCUUCUAGUAGUAACAGAACAAGGAAGCAGGGGAAAAGGAGUUCAAAGAAGGUCGAUGGUGGUGACAAAAGAAGGAAUACGCAAAGGGCCCUGGACAGAGCAGGAAGACCUGCAACUGGUAUGCUUUGUGAGCUUGUUCGGUGAGCGUCGUUGGGAUUUCAUAGCCAAAGUAUCAGGUCUUAAAAGAACUGGGAAGAGUUGCAGGUUGCGUUGGGUUAAUUACCUUCAUCCAGGUCUCAAGCGCGGCCGUAUUACUCCUCAGGAGGAGCGCCUAAUCCUCGAACUUCACUCUCAAUGGGGCAAUAGGUGGUCUCGGAUAGCUCGAAGGCUCCCAGGUCGCACUGACAACGAGAUAAAGAAUUACUGGAGAACUCACAUGAGGAAGAUGGCACAGGAGAGGAAGAAAAGCUCCCCUCUUUCUUCAUCAACCUGCUCGUCUGAAAGUGAGCAGCUAGAAGAGGCUGUUGGAAUGGAGAAGCACGAACAAUCGAGUUAUAUGAUGACAAGAGCUUUAGACAUUAAGGAAGAAGAUGAAGUACUGAAGGUGUACCCCAUGGAUCAGAUAUGGAAUGAGAUUGCAGGCACAUUGGAAUCGACGACCAGCGGUUUGAGCUUUGAGAGGUAUGGUCAAGAGGCCUGCAACAUCUCAUGUAAUUCUGCUUCUAUGCCUUCACCUCUGUGGCAGAACUGCGCCGAAUCUCUAUGGAAGAUAGAUGAUGAUGAUGAUGAUGUUGACCUUUCGCGGGUCCUCCGGCACGACCGCCUCACCGACGCCGUAGAACUUCGCCGGGGAAGAACCAUUGCUCUCGAGGCACACCUCCGUGGCUCAUUGCAAGGGUCCGCCAAUGUUAGGGAAUUCAAGCGAACCUCGGCAGCAAGGAUUUUGGUGGGAGUUAGGGUUUCGUGUGCGACGAGGAGGAAGGGAAUGUAGAAGCGGCGUCUUUCUGCAAUCGUCCUUCUUUCAGGUUUUCGCGCCAAAAGGAAAGGACUUAAAUGGGCGGUGAAAGGGCGAUUGCUUC